CAAACUAACUAAAUAAUUGUUAUAGUUCCAUGUUAGUACAAUCAAAGAAGAAGAAAGUAAUCUGAACGGUUCAUUACUUUAUAACCUUAAAUUUUGUGUUUACAAAAUAUCAGUUUGAUAAACACUAUACACAUUUGUUAGAAUAUCAAGAAUGUCCAUUACAAUGCACACUGAUUUAGGAAACAUUAAAAUCGAACUAUUUUGUGAAUCGUGUCCGAAAGCCUGUGAAAACUUCCUAGCACUCUGUGCAAGUGAUUAUUACAACGGUUGUUUGUUCCAUAGAAAUAUUAAAGGAUUUAUAGUACAAACGGGUGAUCCUACAGGUACAGGCAAAGGGGGAAGUUCAAUAUGGGGUAAAAAAUUUGAGGACGAAUUCAAAGAGCAAUUGAAACACGGAGCCAGAGGUACUGUAUCUAUGGCAAGUAAUGGACCAAAUACAAAUGGAAGUCAGUUUUUUAUUACAUAUGCAGCACAACCACAUUUAGAUCUUAAGUAUACUAUAUUUGGAAAGGUGAUAGAUGGAUUCGAAACUUUGGAUGAACUAGAAAAACUUCAGGUCAAUCCAAAAAAUUACAGACCUCUUAAUGAUGUAAGAAUAAAUGGUGUUACAAUACAUGCCAAUCCUUUAGCAGGUUGAAAUAAAGUAUAAUCUGAG